AUGGCACAAGGUAAUGGAGAAGCCACUGAAGAACUUACUGCUAAUGGGGUAAUAAAUGAUAGUGAAGCUACUAAUGAUAAGGUAGUAACCAAUGAUAACGGAGAAACGGAAAAUAAUGGAGAAGCCAAUGGUAAUGGAACAACUAUUGAUAGUGCAGCAACGAAUGAUAAAAAUCAAGAAAUAAGAAAGGAAAAAGUAAGUAAUUUGCUGUUUUCGGAUUGGAUUUUAGGUAGAAUUGGAUAUAUAUUAGAUUUGUAUAGUCAAUGCUUUGGCCUGAAUGUUUCACAUUAGAAAUAUCAAAAGUUUGUUUGGCCGAAGGUUUUGAAAAUCUUUUUUAACUGUAAUAUUAAGACGUUCUUUAUAGCAUUUAUGUGAAACGAAAUAGUGAACGGAAUAGGACUUUGAAUUAUGGUACAUAUUUUGUUUUAGCGGCGUAGGAAGCGAAAUACUAAAGCAGGCCGAGCCUUGAUGGGCGUAGGAAAAAUGUUGGAGCAAUAUCGUCAGCUGGCAACAGAAGGAGGGAAUUUGGACAUAGAUGAUAAUGAAAAUGGCAACAUAGUGAUUGGAGGAUCUGAACUGACAUUUGAAUCUUGGGGCCAGAUGACACGAACGAACGACGACGAUAUAGUGAGAGCAGACUUUGUGCCUCCAAGUCAAAAGAGGAAGAAGCUGAAUGUCAGUCCAAUACAAUGGGUACAUUUGGGUAAAUCUAAGGCUGGUACAAGUGUCAAUGGUAAAAAGAAGGACAGUACAGAUGAUGUAAGUUUUUUAUGUUUUAAUUGGAAAUUUAGAGUUUGGAGUUUUUAUAAUGUCUUACAUGGAGGUUUGUGUUUUUAUGAUGGUUUUUUUGCAAUGUAUAAUAUUAUGUAAAAUGAGUUGUAAAAUACGUAUUUCAGAAAGACGAAGGAGAACUAUCAGAUUCAGACCAAUCAGACGACUCUAUGUCUUCAGAUUCAGACGACGACGCUCCAAGAAGGCAUAAACGUAAGAAGCGACGACAACAACAAUAUCAAGCACCCGCUACUCAAGGCAGCAUGUCACUACAAGAACUGUUUACGAAAGCCUACAAGAUCAGAGAUGUGGUGGUACAAAGCUUUAGUUUAAACGAGAAAAUGACAUUCCUGAACGCGGUGCGACAAACCUAA